AUGAUGAUGAACGUCUGUUGGCGAGUGUCGCAGGGAUUAAUUGCAAGAAAAAUGCUGGUGAUGAGAGCGCUUGUUCUGUUUUUCACGAUCAACUCUGCUGUGGCUCAACGGUGCGGCCAAGUGCAAGUGCUGAAGCAAGGUCUCAUCUUUGGUGGUGCUACAUCAUCACCCGGAAUGUGGCCUUGGCAUGUGGCUAUUUUUCAUCGUGAAUCUCUGCGAAGUACCUCCUACAAGUGUGGUGGUACCAUCAUUAACAAGGACACGGUGCUGACGGCUCAUCAUUGCGUGGUAGAGAAUCAACGACCGAUCGCCGCAAAUCGAUUGAUCGUACGAGCCGGUGUGUUCGAUCUGGACGUUCGUGGUCCCACACUGCAAGAAGCUCGAGUGUUUGACAUCAUCUCACCCGAGGGCGCUAGUGCUCUGUACUUCACUGAUGAUAUCACUAUCCUGCGCAUGCAGAACCAAUUCAUCUACGAUGAUUAUGUGCAACCCGUGUGCAUGCGUGCCAUGGACCAGGAUAUUCACCAAUUGGUCGGGACAUUUGGAACGGUCGUUGGAUGGGGCUGGACGGAACAGGAUGCAACAUCGGCUACAUUGCGCGAGGCACACAUACCGGUGGUCAGUGCUGACGAUUGUCUGCGCAGCAAUCGGGAUCUGUUUAGCCAAGUGCUCACUACGAAGGUGUACUGCGCCGGUAGCCGAAAUGGUACAUCGAGCUGCAACGGUGAUAGCGGUGGUGGUAUGUUCUUCAAAAUGAACGGCUUCUGGUAUCUGCGGGGAGUGACCUCGUUCUCGGCGGUGGAUCAAAAGAACAGCGGCAUCUGUGACUCGAGCAGCUACGUCGGAUACACGGAUGUGGCUAAAUAUUUGGAUUGGUUGCGAAAGAAUGAUGUGCGAUUCGAGGAUCCUCUGCAAAGCUCCAACGAUUUGAGUUUUGGCUCGACAGCGAAUACGACACUGAUUCGGCUGACCGUGGAUCCGAAGUUGAAAGCGUAUCUUGAACAAUAUAAAGGCAACAUACUUUUAAGGGUUCAGCUCAACGGCAAGAGCAUUAAUAGUUUAUUCCAUUGAGUAUACAAAGUAUUUUAAAGUGUCGAUGUGUUUUCGAAGGUCCCUAACUUUGUAAACCGGUUCUGGGAUCCUGAUUUUAUUUUACGUGCGUGAUCUUUACUCAGUGUGCGUUCAAGACUCUACUCAGCGUGUCGUUUGUAUUCGGGUAAUUUAUGAGCACAGCCUCGAAUUUAUACAUCAGACUAUGACCAUC